AUGUCAGUGCCAAAAGUGGUAACCCUGAGCUACACUCGGGCUUACCAUGCGGCGCUGCAUAGGGAAUCCCUGCAGCACUUACCUUGUCCUUCGCUCCCACGAUGUGUCCCCUGCAGCAUCCCCAUCCAUCUCCUCCGGCCGAUGCCGGCAUCCGGCUUCUGUGUUCCGGUCCCUGUGACGUCGGGACGUACGGGCGCCGCCACCGGCGGCGGCAGGAAAGUUGAAAAUUUAAAAAAAUGUCAUUUUUUUUUCAAAACACAUUUUUCAUAUGCUUUGUCCUGUGCCCUGCCUGCGUUUUGUCUGUUCUUUCUG